AUGGCUUCGGCUGUCGCAUUCGGUGACCGGGUGCUGAGAGAAAGGAGCAGGCUCUUCUCUCCGACCAGUGCUAUCGGCGACGAGCAGAACCGAUCGCGUUGGAGGCUAUCGCAGCCUCUGGCCAGCGCCGGUUACCUUCUGUCACUCGACGACUACACAAUCGAUAGCCCCGACAGGCGAUGUGUGCCAACGCACGUUGAAUGCGUCAUCGACAAGGAAAACUCGUUUGCAAAGGCACUCGUGCACUUUCCUCACGCGGCCGAAGCACAGCUGGCGUGCUGGUCCCUCUUCCGGCAGCACCCGGCCCUCACGCCCCGCUUCAGCCUCGCGAGCGGUAUCAAGUUUGGUGACUCGGCGUGGACCAUCGGCUUGAUGCGCCUCAUCAACGCGAGCGUGGCACCGCGCGGGCGAAAGAGGUCGGCAGACUGCGCCGUGAGGGGCCGGCUGCGCAGGCUCCGGACCGGCUGGACCGGCAGCGAGCAGGCUUGGCUCGUUGGCCGCGCCGACGCGACGGAGCUCCAAAAUCGGCUCUUUGUCGGGCAAGCCCUCACGGGCGGGCCUAAGGCGGAGCGGCCCACGGUGGCUGGGCUUCCUGUACGUGUCGGUCUCGUGAAUCGAAAGGGCAGCCGGCGCAUCGUCGAUGCCGAUAAGGCAAUGGCUGCCCUAGCACGCGCGUUGGCCGCGCGCGAGAUAGCUACGCUCAGUUACAUGUCGGAUCUGGGCGAUCUGGGCUUCGAGGAGCAAGCGCAGUGGGUGCACGCGCAGGACAUUCUGCUGUCACCGCACGGCGCGCAGAAUGUCAACUUUCUGUGGGCGAGGCCGUGCACCGCCAUCGUCGAGUUCUUCCCAAAGCACUACUUCAUUCCGGGCGAGUACCUUCAGCUCGCCCGUGCUGUCGGCGCCGUGGCCUUUGCGGCUUACAAGGGCCCGGUCGACCCUUAUGCGGACACGGCCUUGGCGCUCGGCGAGGGUCGGCGAGCGUAUGGAUAUCGGAGGCGAGCGAGGUAUGGGCAGCUCUCCCUAGGAUGGAACGGUGGAUGGAAUGGGUCCUUCACCGACGCGAUGCUCAAAGGGAUGCCGAGAACACACCAGCUGCGGGACGAGAUAUUCGGAUGA